AAAUGCAUGAGUCGGCGCCUGCGCGCUAGAGGCCAAGGGCAGCUGCCGAAAAGUUUGGAGGUAUAUAAAGCCUGGCGUUCCCAAGCCACACCGUCAGUUGUUCUAUAAUCCGCUCCGAAGUCGCAACUAUUCCAGCAAGAUGACCGGCUGGUUCCUUUUGACCGUCGUUGGGGCGCUGGUCGCCGCUGUCUCCGCCCUUCCUGACCCUGGGUACGGUCCCCCACCCGCCCCCUGCUACCCGAAAACCGAGUACGUCACGAAGUACGAUACCCAGAUUCAGCAGGUUCCAGUCUACGAAACAGUCUACAAGCAGCAGUACAUCCCGACCACAGUCUACGAACCGGUCUACAAGACAGUCUACAACACCAAGUACAACACCCAGUACGUUCCCCAGUACGUCACCCAGACCGAAUACCAGACACAAGUCAAGUACGUCACGGACUACCAGACUCAGUACCAAACCAUCUACAAGACUCAGUACAUCACCAAGGUAGACUACGUACCACAGUACAUCACUCAGACUGCCUACCAGACAGUCUACAAGACCCAGGUCCAGUACCAGACCGUCUACAAGACCGAGUACCAGCCACAGUACGUCACCACAACCCAGCUGCAGUACCAGACAGUCUACAAGACCCAGAUCGUACCAGACUACCAGACUGUCUACAAGACUGUGCAGACCUACAAGACUGUGUGCCCUAAACCUGCUUACGGGUAUGGAUAUUAGGACGUUCUACAGUUUCAACCCUGACUUGGUGACUUUAUCUCUACGAGGGUCGUAGGAUCCUCUACAAGAUUGUAGGGUCCUCUACAGGAGUCAUAGGAUUCUCUACCAAGGUAAUAGGAUCUUCUACAAGGAUUUAGGGUCCUCUACAGGAGUCAUAGGAUUCUCUACCAAGGUAAUAGGAUCUUCUACAAGGAUUUAGGGUCCUCUACAAUGAUCGUAGGACCUACAAGGAACAUAGGACCCUCUACAAUGAUCGUAGGACCUACAAGGAACAUAAGACCCUCUACAGUGAUAGUAGGAUCUUCUAUAAGGAUCUAGGGUCCUCUACAAGGAUCGUAGGACCUACAAGGAACAUAGGACACUCUACAAUGAUCGUAAUAUUUUCUACAAGGAUCGUAGGACCCUGUUGUUGAUAAGUCACCAAAAGAAUGUAUAAAGAUUACACCUUUUACACUAUUUUUAUUACACAAUAAAAACAAUUAUUUUAAA